AUGCUCGCCACUUUACUUACCCUCCUUCCACUUUCCUUGCUUUCUUUGAUCUCCGCAUCACCCACUCCUAUUCAGAAGAGAUAUACAGGAGUCAAGAUCCAAUCGUAUCGAGAUGGGUACUGUCUUGUGCCUUAUGGUCCUCAUCAGUACAACGGGGUCCAAGUCAAGACCACCCAAUGUCAAUAUGCUCCUCGAUGGGAUAUCAACCCUGGAAGUGGAAGUGUCAUCUUGAGUGGAACCAACUUCGCCUUGAGUGCUGGUACAGGUACUGAGAAUGGUGAGAUUGUCAAGAUCUGGGAGUCUUACCCUGGCUUAUUCCAACAAACCUGGUACCUUACCGAUGAUUACCGAAUCGCUAUCACAGGUGGAAACCAAUGCUUGGAUGAAGGUGAUAAUUACGGCACUCAAACUUGGCAAUGUACUCCUUAUAACAACAAUCAAGUCUGGAACAUCCUCGAAGGAGAUGAUCUCGGAGCUACUCCGAUUCCCUUACCCGAACCAGUCGAUCCUACUCCGACUCCAACAUACACCCUCGUAGAGGCUACCACUACUGCUGCAUAG